UUCACUAACACCACUCAUGGCGUCACAGAUAGCGAUCCUCGCCCGGACCCGGUCCCGGUCCCUCGCCAAAACCCUAAACCCAAGCCCCGCCUUCUUCAAGGCCAUCACCACCUCCUCAUUCCUCUCCCAAGGAGAGCCCCAACUCGCCGCCGAGCCGACUCAGCCGCCGUCCGACUCGGUCCCCCUCCCUCCAAACCCUACCUCCUACCCCGAGAACUGGCGCACGCCGCCGGUCACCGCCUCGUCGGCGGCUCACUACCUCCUCCCCCUAGGGCUCCGCGACCAGUCCCCGAGCCACCAAAUCCACGCCCUCGCGCACGACCUGGACUCGCCGGGACUGCUCAACGUCUUCGCCGAUUGGAUGACGUCACAGCGGUGGGUGGAGAUGAAGCAGCUGUUCGAGCUCUGGAUAAGGUCGAUGGACAAGAACACCGGCCGGCCGAACAAGCCUGAUGUGAGCUCGUAUAAUCAUUACCUCAUGGCGAACCUCAUGAGCGGCGCCACGGCGGCGGAGAUGCUGGAUCUGGUGGCGCAUAUGGAGGAGCACGGCGUACAGCCUAAUACGGCGUCGUAUAAUCUCGUCCUCAAGGCAAUGCUGACCGGCCAGGAGUCCGAAGCCGCCGAGAAACUGCUUGAACGGAUGUUGCAGACAGGCAAGGUGUCGCCGCCUGACGACGAGUCCUUCAACAUUGUGCUGAGCUUGCUGUUGCAAUCGCGCCGACUUGAUGCUGCUUUGAAGUAUAUAGAAUUGACUCUCAAGUCUGGUUAUACGGUGACUAUGACCGUGUUCAAAGAUUGCGUACAGCGAUGCGUCAACACCGGGAAGCUAGAUACUUUGGUUGCGAUAAUUGACAAGUGCAAGUCAAUGGAUCAGAACAAAGCUCUUUGUCCGCCUUGGAGCUUGUGCAACUAUAUUGCGGAUGUCGCUUUGCAGGCGGAUAAUAGCAAGUUAGCAGUUCAUGCCUUGCAGUUUAUGGCCAAAUGGAUUGCUAGGGGUGAAGAAGCAAGGCCUGUUGUUUAUCUUUCUGUGGAUGAAGGAUUGCUUGUGUCGGCACUUGCCACUGCUGGCAGGACAUAUAGUACUGCUUUGCUGGAUGUGUCGUGGGCAAUCUUGAUACGCUCAUUGCGGAACAAAAAGGUCCCUAAUCCUGAAUCUUUCGUUGCAAAGAUAUCUGCCCUUGCAUCACUGGGGGAGCUGCAGAGAGCUUUUCGUACUCUUCAUGAAUUUGAGACUGUGUAUGCUAAUUCUGGCAAAGAAGUAGAAGAGGAACUAUUUUCGCCAUUCACUUCUUUAUAUCCAUUGGUUGUGGCGUGCUCGAAGAAUGGUUUUGAAACUUUGGACACGGUGUAUUUUCAACUGGAGAGUUUGAGCCGUGCAGACCCUCCGUACAAGUCUGUUGCCGCUUUGAAUUGUAUCGUAUUAGGUUGUGCAAAUAUCUGGGACCUUGACCGUGCUUACCAAACUUUCGAGGCAAUUAGUUCCACCUUUGGAUUGACCCCUGAUAUUCAUUCGUACAAUGCUCUUAUGCAGGCUUUUGGAAAGCUCAAGAAGACUUCAGAAGCUGCAAGAGUAUUAGAACACUUGGUGAGUUUGGGUGUUAAACCCAAUGCAAUGUCAUAUUCGUUACUUGUUGAUGCUCAUCUUAUCAACAGAGACCCAAAAGCUGCCCUCUCUGUAGUCAAGGAAAUGGUAAAUUCUGGGUUUGAACCUUCAAUAGAAACGCUAACAAAGAUCAAGAGGCGAUGUAUGCGAGAGAUGGACUACGAGAAUGAUGAUCUUGUGCAAGAUUUUGCCAAAAGGUUCAACCUUCGAAUAGAAGGAGAGGCUCGCAAGAACAGAUUGUUUGAACUUAAAUUUAAUACUGGAUAUGCAUAAUAGCAUCCAGGUUCACGGAGCGAAGAUGCCUCAACAAACCAUUUAACAUACUUCAAGUGUGCACUCGGUCAGUUGUUCACUCUAAAUUAGGUCUCGUCCUCAACUGUUUCAUGACCGAAUGCUAGCUCCUGUAGGUUUUGCGUCGCUGUGAUCUGAAAAUCUGACAAAACAUGAGAUCCAGCUCUCUCAGUGCAACUUCCAUCCGUAUUUGUAUAUUACUGUGUGCUGCAUUUUGAUUCUUGGCAGGAUGAAUGCUGGGAUAAUAGU